AUGGGUAGCCUCACCAAGCAGUCAAGCCGGUUGUUCAAUCUAAAGCUGGUCCGCAAGUACUUGUUCAAGGGCAAUAAUACGCACCUACGUGGCGAGAGGGGCUCACAGAGCAGUCCCGGUCAACAUUCCGAACCCAAGGGUGAGGCAUCAGGUGGAUCAAGUUGCUGUUCAACUGAAUUCCAUUACGGCCGAACCGAAUCAGAAUCUUCUCAUGAGGACUAUUACCAACACCACCAAGCCCACGAUGAGAUAUUGGAUACUUUCUUAAGGCCUAGCCUCGGAGAAAGCAAUAAAGACAUCAAAGCCCUCCUCCAGAAAAAGCAAUACCCAGCCUUGCUAUCCCCUUCUGAGAUUCAAUCACUAGAACCACCAUCACAACCCCCAAGCAAGCCGCUGCCUAAAAUCCCUACACAAGUUCGACCCCAACGAGCACCGCAACGGGUGCCCCGAGUGGUUGAUGAUCCUCGGGUCCCUGCGCGGAACCUCCAGAACACUCAAUCCCAGGCCCGAAAGGCCGGGACGGCCCACUCGGCCUUCCCAAAGCCCAUCGCUGUGCCUCCGAGGACUACCUCCCUCACAACUUCGUCGCGGUUCCCUCGGGUGACGCACUCUCCCCAGCGACCACCUCGCUCCUAUGCCACCGCUGCUACGCAUGCUCCUCAACAUAUCGCCAAGUUCUAUGACAAGCCGUCUAAGAAGAAUGAGGAGCUUAUUGAGGAAUCUAUUUAUGAACCCCUCGGACGGUUUGCCAGGAACUCUCUUAUUCAGAACUCCAUUACAGACUCUCAAAGUCGGCAAUUUAUCUCUUCCCCCGAUAAUGUCAUUACGUAUAUCGGAUCCAAGGUUGCCCAGCCUUUGGCUACAAGCCCUCGAGAAUCGGCUCCUUUCUUAACGCCAGUAGGGUAUAACGGGGACGAGAAUACUCCCAUACCCUCUCAGCUAUCCUUACCAAAGGACCUUCGACCUAAAGCAUCCUUAAAGACUUCCCGUACGGCCGAUACUCUUGCCUGUCGACCUACUACAGCAUCUCAAGUAACCCCCUUGCGCUCACCAUUCAUGGCCGUGGACCGACAAGAGCAUCUCUCGAGUCCGGUACUGGGACCAAUUCUUUUGGAAAUCCAAUAG